AGGAGAGGAGUCGCAGCGGCAAGUGAAGGGACGGGGGGGACAGCGCAGAGAGAGAGAGAGAGACAUUGUAGAGGAGGAGGAACGGCGGUCAGACAGGGACAGGGACAGCGAAGAGAGGAACUUGGAGCAGGAGUUGGGCCAAACGGCAGCGGAGAGGAGCCGCCUCUCUGGGACAGGAGGGGGGCAGACUCAAGGACAGCGGGGAGAGGGGGCACUAACUCGCCAGCUAGCUGCUGCUCGGUGGCAGGUUGUGUAAUGCAAAGAUGGAGGCACAAAUGCAAGAGAUUAAGGCAUUAGCAGAUGAGAUGAUGAUUAUCCUCUCUGGUUGUCAAGGGGAGGUACUUCUGCAGAAUGCCAUGAAUUAUAAGGCAAAAAUGGUGAAUGUCUAUAUGGAAGUAGAACAAUGUGUGAAGCAGCAGUUAAGAGAGAUUCAGCAAUCACAGGAGCAUGUGGCACAGGAAGUUAUAAAUGUGGGAGAAGAAAGAGAGAUAAGUUUUCUGGAAUUACAGAAGAUUAAAGAAAAGUGGAAAGAGACUCAACAACAGAAUUCUAAGAAUGAAAUGGAACUUGAAUUGUUACAGAAAGAACUGGAGGAGCUUGAGAAGUCUGAAAAAGAAAUGUCUAAAUUGGAAGAAGAGGUAGAUGAAAAUACUACAGUCGUUAUUCCAUCAACUAAGUACUUGGCCCACAUCUUCCACAAGGUUACUAAGAUCAUUUGGGACUAUGACUGCGACCCAUCACUUGUAAGAGGCGUUCACUUUGGAGUGGGUUUGGCACAACCCAUUAACAUUGAUUCUACCAAGCACUCUGACAGUUUCAUCUGCGAUUACCUGUGGAGUCUGGUGAGCACGGAUUGGUAAAUUAUUUUCUGGGCCUGGAACUAUAAGUGAAUUACAUAUUUUGGGUAUCCACGUUUUGAAUGAAAUCUUUCCAGUCAUAUGGCUUCGAUCUUGGAAAAUAUAGCUUUCAUGAGUGAAAAGUUGACUCAACAGAUUCUUUGGAUGUGGUAUUUUUGUAAGGUCAUAUUUAAAAGAUGACUUUUGUACAACAAAGUAAGUUGGACAAUGUGUUUUUCCUAAUGGAGUGGUGGUGAUUGGAAAAUCUUCUCAACUACAACCAUGAAGGAAUAAAUCUGUUUACUACCACUCUGUCAAAAUACUAGAAUGUUGUAAAAUGCUAUUAAUCACUGUGUGUGUGUGUGUGUAUAUAUAUAUAUAUUUAAAUGUAAACUUUUACAGAAAUGAUUGAUCUAUUUGCUUUGGCACAUGUAAAUUAAAAAAAAAAAUUGCUGCCAUGGGCAUGAGAACCGUAGAGUUGUUAUUAGAUGAAAAUUGCCCAUAUUUGCUACGUAACGUGAUCUGUAUUGGAACACACAGUGCUGGAGUAACUCAGUAGGUCAGACAGCAUCUCUGGAGGGCAUGGAUAUGACAUUUUGGGUCGAGUCCCUUCUUCAGACUGAUUGAAAUAGGGGGAAGAAAACUGGAAAAGAGGUGAGGACAGGACAAAGCCUGGCAAGUGAUGGCUGGCCACAAAAUGCUGGAGCAACUUAGUGGGUGAGGCAGCAUCUCUGGAGAGAAGGAAUGGACGACGUUUCAGGUCGUGUCCCUUCUUCAGACUGAUGUCGGGAGGGGGUAGGACAAUGAUAGAACAAGUGAUGUGUGCAUGCAGGUGUGGGGUUUUGAUUGGUUGACGGGCAGACAAAGGCGAGAUAUGAAAAGGAGACGAGGGUGAGGGUGUCAAAUAAGGGGAGAAGAGGAGUAAUAUUUCCCCCCCUCCCCCCACAGUUUUUUAAAAACCUCCUCUCCUCCUGUGCGCCCACCCAAUCAGUCUGAAAAAAGGUACCGACCCAAAACAUUGAUUAUGCCUGCCCUCCAGAGUUGCUGACCCAUUGAGUUACUCCAGCAGUUUGUGUUUUGCCCAAGAUUCCCUGUGUCUCCAUAGUUCUGUAGUAAGGUCAUAGAAUAGACAUGAAUUGACAAUACUGGUUCUGGCCCAUUCUUCGUCAUGUGUGUGACCAAAAGGAUGAAAAAUUGUGGAAUACAUCUCUUCUAAUUCUGGAAGCUUUACAGGUAUGUUGUUUUGUACUGCAUAUAUGAUUCGUAUUUUUUUCAGUUUAUCAGGUGAAAUUUUUAUGCUGACAAUAUUUAGGGUAAGAGGUCAAAUGUGACUGGUCACGUGUGUGACAUCACACGGAUGCAUUUUACAAACUGAAUUUUAAAAAGCUGGAAUGUUCAUAUAUUUAGCAGACAUGCAUUGUAGUUCUGUAGGUAGGAAAAUAACAAUGAAUAAGAUUAAUCUCUUACAAGAACUUUUUAAUGUAUCACUUUAUGAUGACAUCUGGUCACGUGUGUGAAAUUUUGGUUCACUUUCAAAAGAAUGGGCCUACAAGAUUCCUCCGAUUCUAAUUACUGCGUUCCGGCUUGUCUUUCCAAGCUAGUCAAGGGUAGCAUUGGUGGGAAAUAUGUGGCUAUGGUAAAUGAAAAUAUAACAAUGAAAAAACAAGAAGCUUUGACGUGAAAAAUGUUGGGUUUUAGUAAGAGCCAUGUGUAUUGAAAUCCGAGUUUAUAAUAAGGUUUUUGUGGGUUUUCAUACAAUGCGAAGUAACAAUAUUGUGAAAUAAGCUGUAUUUUGGGCUUGCACUGAAAAUCUGUUCUAAUAAAGUGUUUUUGCUUCUA